AUGAGGCUGGACUCCCCUGCUCUGCAACAGAUUGACUCCUGGUGCAAAGAGAACAGCUACGUAAUAGCUGGGUACUACCAAGCCAACGAACGUCUGAAGGAUGCCAGUCCAAACCAGGUUGCCGAAAGGGUAGCAUCCAGGAUUGCGGAGCAUUUCAAUGACACGGCACUUAUAAUGGUGGAUAAUACGAAAUUCACAAUGGAGUGCAUAGAGCCUGCGGUUCACGUGUACGAGCACCACGAGAGCAAAUGGCGAUGCAAAGACCCCCACUUUGAUUACUGCGAAGACUGGUCAGAAGCCCAGAGGAUCUCCGCUUCGCUUUUGGACAGCAGGUCCUACGAAAUGCUAGUGGAUUUUGAUAAUCACUUGGACGACAUCCGGAACGAUUGGACAAACCCAGAGAUCAACAAAGCUGUCCUACACCUCUGUUAGGUUUCCACUGACUCGACGUCACCGGCGUUCCCGCUCCGCUGAAGAAAGAAAAGGGAGGGCAGGGGGAAGAUAUUUUUUGACUGUAAAUAGAGUACUAACCGGUUCCUCCGUGUGGAAAGCCCACAAGCUAGACGCCCAGCUCGGGAAAGGAUGUGUCCCUGCGCAGUCAGGCCUUUUCCGUGCGUCUCUUUGGGACGUCAGCCGUAGAUUGCCGCCUCUGCUGUGGACUCCUCCCCCUCCUCGUCAUGACAUGUCACCGUAACUCUCGAACCAGGAACUAGAUCUGCUUGUCCAAACUCUUCAUAUUAGAAAAAGUUUUGACUAAUCUUUUAUAACCUUCAGGAAAGUCACUUUUAAAAAAAAGAUUUAUGAGAUAUCUUUCAAAGAGUAAUCUUCAGUUUAUUUUUUAAAAAAUUGAAUCCGAGGCGGUAACUUAGGGGUACGCGACCAGAUUGAGAGCCGCUGUCAUUUUUAAGCACUAACUGCUGGCGGAUCACACUCCACUGUCCUUGGCUGCUUUGCAAGAAGCCAGUCGCUUGCAAAGCGGUACGUGGCCCUGCCCUUCUCCCCCCCCCCCCUGCCAAGUUUCCGAGUUGUUCCAGGAACGCCACCGUUGCUGCGUGUCCCACUCAACAACUUAUUAGCACAAGCUCUCUCUGAGUGGAUUGUCCAUUGAAAGGACCUGAAGAUGUUCCAGAGGGAAAUUGGUAAAGGGGUGGAUUUGAGUGGCAGGGCAGGUUUGUUUGUCAACUCCUAAACUUGAGAUCAGAAAAGCCUUGUUAAUUUCUUCUGUCCUUAAAUGAUUUGUGUACGUGUUCUCCCACGUGGUAAGGGGUUAUGGCUGUGGAUUUCGGAUCCUGGGUUGCGUAGCUUUGCUGAGCUAGAGCAUGUUCUUCUAUAAAACUGCUGGAUUUUCUGGGGUUUUCUAAAAAACGGAAUGCAGUGGGGUGAAUGCGAGUUGCACGUGCAUACCCAAGCGCAGCUGCGAGUCUUACCAGGUUGUGGCCCCUCUUGUCUCUUGCAAGCAGUCUUUAUAAAGUGGGUUUUUAACACUUAGUACUGACCAAGUUUUGUCCAGUCAGAGUAGGCUUGUAACAUAUACUGAUUUGUUUUUGCUCCGAGAUCUCUCCAAAAUUUAGUACGGCUCACCUGCAUCACUUUAGUUUUCAUUUCUUCAAACAGGUUUACCUCUUGCUGGAGAAGGUGUGCAGCUGCAUCCUCUGUUUGACACGUAUCAUUUUGUUUCCGUCCUCUCCACUCUGUAACCUUUAUUUAUAACGUUCUCUGUUAAGGCAGUAGCCGUUUUUAUGUUGAACAGAAAACGGUUGGCUUGACCACUUGUUCCCUCUUGCUUUUCCCGUCUGCCCCCGUCACCUUGAAAUAAAACUCAUCCGUUGUCUUACUUUGAAACCAACUUGUGAUUU